ACCCCACCUCCCUUCUCUACUAGCUAUAAGGAUGGCAACGGGUCGGGUCGGGGACGGAUAGUGCAUAUCCGUUACCCUACCCAAAGUAGUUCGGGUUUUACCCAUAUCCAUACCCACAUGUGAAACGGGUAGAAAAUUAAAACCAUGCCCAUAUUCGUUCGGGUUUCGGGUAUCCACGGUUGUCCAUGAAUAAUGAUUUCUCUUCAUAACUCCAACCAAUAUGUUAACAUUCACACGUAUUCUCACAUUACGUAAGAGGAAAAGUAUGACAAUAAUCCACUAGAAUGAAGAAAAUUAAUUAAAACAACACAAUUUUGUGAAAAUAUUAUAUUUAUAUGUUAAAUAUAAAAUAUGUUAGAGAAAAAUAAUGAUUAUUUCUAGACAAAAUACAUAUGUAUGUGUAUAAUCGGGCGGGUUCGGGUUGGAUAGUGAGAAACCCAUGCCCACCCAUUACCCGCAAUAUUCGGGUUCGGGUUUUACCCGUACCCACUAAAUGUCUUUCGGGUUCGAGUUUUACCCUACCCGAUUAGGCGGGUUCGGGUGGAUAACCACGAUUACGGAUAUAUUUGCCAUCCCUAACUAGCUAGCUAGGCAGUAGGCAAGGCUAGUAGACUUUUCAUUCAAUUUCAAAACAAUAUUUUUCAAUUCAAAGUUUCGGCGUGUAGUUCUUCAACGAGUAAACAACACACAGCAAAAAAACGUUUGUUUAUUUGAAUGGGUGAGAUAUUUUCUUAGUCUCAAUCAUAAUUAUAAUUGUCCUAAGAUGAUGAAAUUCUUUGCAGGGUAAAUUAUGACCUGCAAAAAAGGCGUAAUGAUUUGGGGUACUAUCUUGGGGAGGGUUUAGUGAAAUAAACAUGCUUGAUUGCUUGUGAAGAUGCGAACCAACGAACAUUUAUCAAAUUUGAAACAAAGUCAUAAAAAAUGGUUUCAACCUCUUAGUUUUUCAUUCCUCCAACCAAGAGAAGGGAUCCCAAUGCAUAUAGAUACAAAUGGUCCGGCUAAAUUGUAAGUUUGAUCACUUGAAUUAGUAGCAAAAUUCACGUUAGCCACUACAAUUACUUUAUUUCAUCUGUAGUCACUUAAAUUAGGUUAAUUGUCCAAGUUUAGCCACUGGCCGUUAGUCUCCGUUAACUUUUGCUGAUGUGGCUGUCAACUCUUAUAGUUGACCGUUAAAUGAGUGACAUGGUAAUUAAAAAAAAUAAAAAUAAUUUUUAAUAAUUUCCACCUCAUUAUUACAAUAAAUUAAAAUAAAAAAUCAAAAUUUUUUAAUAAUUUUACAAUAAUUAAAAAAUGAGUUAGAUCUAAGCAAAUUCCCAUCCACUCCACAGUGAAGGCCGAGGCAGGGGAGAUCGAGUGGCGGAGCUGGUGCAGCUGCUUCUGAGGCUGGCCGCCGUCCCGGGGAAUAUCGAUCUGGCAGUGAGGGAGGCAAGGAGGAAGGCGAGCAGGCGGAUAGUCGGGAUUUAGGAGGUGCUCGACGGGAUAUGAUUGGGACUGACAUAAACAGACUUCUCCUCAGAAAGAAAUACCCAUCACUAUAUAUGACUCAAACCAGAUCACUAAGCAGAACCCACAAGCUACAAAAGCCUAAAAUUUCCCCACUCCACACGCUUUGUCCCGUCUCCGCAAAUGGAUCAACGGAAUGCCUCGUUCUCCUCUCUCCUUCUUCUUCUACUAUCGCCGGCAGUUGUCUUGGGAGAGUGCGAGCCUGACGAUUCGGACCGCGCCCGUGCGACGGCCCUGAAGUACAAGCUGGUAGUAAUCGCGCCGAUUCUGCUGGCGGGAGCAAUCGGAGUGUGCCUCCCCGUGGUCGCCCAGAAAAAGAUUCCGGUCUAGCUUGCACCCGAACAUGAACGUGUUCUUCUUGGUGAAAGCCUUCUCCGCCGGAGUUAUCCUUUCCACGGGAUUCAUCCACGUUUUUCCCGACGCAUUCGAGAGUUUGACUUUGAAAUAAUGAGGUGGAAAUUAUUAAAAAUUAUAUUUUAUUAUUUUAUUAAUUGCCACGUCACUCAUUUAACGGUCAACUAUAAGAGUUGACUGCCACAUCAGCAAAAGUUAACGGAGACUAACGGCUAGUGACCAAACGUGAACUGUUAACCUAAUUUAAGUGACUACGGAUGGAAUAAAGUAAUUCUAGUGGCUAACGUGAAUUUUACUAGUAAUUCAAGUGACCAAACUUGCAAUUUAGCCCAAAUGGUCCGGAUCAAGAAUUUCCAACAUUUCAUUUCUGAGCAGAAGAGCCAUAAAUCUUUUUCAAGUAGUGUUUGAUCAAUUAUGUAUUAAUCAAUAUUCGAUUGAUUGAUCUGAGGUUAUCAACAAAAAUUCUGGCUAAGUCGCUUAGUUUCUUUCUGUCCAAGUUUCUUCUCUUUCCGCCUAACUUGCUUCCUUUUUUUUAUUUUUCUUUGUGAGUUUCCGGAUGAACCUUCUCGAUUUUUUUCUAAUCAGUACAUUGUUCGUUUUUAAUAUACCCUAACAUAGUUUUGAUAACAUUUUUGGUAGAACACUCAUUUUCGCAUUGAUUAUGCAUAUCUUUUUUUUUUUUUACAAAAGAUAAUCUUAUAAAGGAUCAAAAGAUAGUUACACCCUGGGAUUCAGCCAGAUCUGAUAAUCAAAAUAACGAUUCCUAGCCGGGUACAAAGUGAGGGCCUUUCUAGCCAUCAUAUGGGCUACCCUAUUGUCGCGCCGACCUAUAAACCGAACACUAAACCCAGGAUUGCAGGUAAAACACUGAAGCACCUCUUCCAACACUGUUCCGAUCCUGCUGUCUCUAUUAUCUGCCUGCUUGAGCUUAUCAAUAACCACCUUAGCGUCCCCUUCAAAUCGUACACUGGAGAACCCAUGCCCGAGACACCAAAGGGUUGCUUCCCGCAAAACCAGCAAUUCCACCACCAGAGGGUCAUCAAUGGCGAGAACCUUUGAUCUCUAGAUUCGCCAGAGGAUGGCCACCACAGCCAUAAACAGAGUAGGCUGAUGGAUGAGUGCCAAAACCUUUUUAAGGAAUAACAAAAAAGAGAUACAAGGUAACCCCUCCCAAUAUGUUCUAACCCAGCUGCUCCCCAGAGUUCACAGGCCACCAGGCACUCCAGGAACAGAUGCUCCAGGGAUUCCGUACCCUCCCAACACACCGGGCAGCGAGGAUAGUCAUAUCGAACACGUGCAAUUUUAUAGUUUUAUAAAAAAUUUAUUUGCUUGAUUUCAUAACAAGAAUUGUCAAUUAAGUUAGAUGUUUCUUAUGAAAAAUAAAUGUCUAUGGUGUUUUGUCGACACCGUCCAUCUCUUUGUCACUUUGUGAACAGACUACGCCCAGCUUCAUGAGCUCCUCUCACCAUGUAGGCUUAGCAUGAAACUAUGGAUGUGGCAUGAAAUGGGCCAUUGGAUCCAUCUCGUAGCACCAUAUGGGCCUUUGGCCACUUGAACUCGAUUUAAGAGGAAGUUUGUGACUGAGGGAGGGGGGCGAUGGAUGGAUGGAUGUGUCCCCUCCCCGGCUCAAAUAUCAGCAAAUCAAAGGCAGCUUCCAAAGACGAAGAAGAAACCAUUUCCAACACGCCGUGUCCGUGUGAGAAGCGCCAAAACUUUCACUAACAAAGAAACCAAACACAGUACAGUAGUAUGAGACCAACUAGGAAGGAAUUGGAAUCGAAACCAAGGCUUAGAUUGAAGAGUCCAUUUUUCAUUGCCCACGUGUCAUAUGUUCGCAGUUCAAUCAAUUCACCUACCAUAA